AUGGCUGAAGAAGCUGACGAAAAUUAUGAAAUCAAGAAGACAAAGUCAGAACCACAGAAAGCAGAAGCAGAAGCCGAAGCUGAAACAGAAGAAAUAAACGAAACUGAUGAAUUUGAACAAAGUAUUCGUUCAGGAGCAAACGAUCUCAACCAAAUUGACGAAGAAACACUACGUGCCGAACUUAAAAAGCGUAAUUACAAUCCAAGAUAUAUUGAUAAUCUCGAAAAAAGAAAACUUAUUUUAUUAUUCCAAGAAAUAAGGUUAAAUUCAGUAUCUAGAUAUAAAAAAAGUAAAUAUAUCAAUGCAGGCACAAAUAUAUUUGAUUCACAAAAAGGUGAAAAAAAAAUAGAAGAAACUAAACAAGUAAAUCCUUCUCAAAGCGAUGACUAA